AUGCCCGGGCUGCGCCGGGACCGCCUGCUGACCCUGCUGCUGCUGGGCGCGCUGCUCUCCGCGGACCUCUACUUCCACCUCUGGCCCCAGGCGCGGCGCCAGCUGCGCCCCCGGGAGCACCCCCGGAGCUGCCCGUGCCCCCGCCGCGCCCCGUCCCCGGCGCCCGACCCGGCGGCAGCCUCCCCGGACCCGCACCCCGCGGCGCGCAACUUUUCCCCCGCCGGGCCCCGCGCUGCGCCAGAGCGCGGCUCCAAGCUGCAGGCCCUCUUCUCCCACCCGCUCUACCGCGCCCCGGAGGAGCCGCCGCUCCUGGGGCCGGAAGACUCGCUCCUGGCCAGCCAGGAGGCGCUGCGCUACUACCGGAGGAAGGUGGCCCGCUGGAACAGACGACACAAGAUGUACAAGGAGCAGCUGAACAUCACCUCCCUGGACCCCCCGCUGCAGCUCCAACUCGAGGCCAGCUGGUUCCAGUUCCACCUGGGGAUCAACCGCCAUGGGCUGUACUCCCGGUCCAGUCCUGUCGUCAGCAGACUCCUCCACGACAUGAGGCGCUUCCCCACCAUCAGCGCUGAUUACAGUCAGGACGAGAAAGCUUUGCUUGGGGCGUGCGACUGCACCCAGAUCGUGAAGCCCAGUGGCGUCCACCUCAAGCUGGUGCUGAGGUUCUCGGACUUCGGCAAGGCCAUGUUCAAACCCAUGAGACAGCAGCGAGAUGAAGAGACGCCCGAGGACUUCUUCUAUUUCAUUGACUUUCAGAGGCACAACGCUGAGAUCGCAGCUUUCCAUCUGGACAGGAUCCUGGACUUCCGGCGGGUGCCACCCACGGUGGGGAGGCUGGUCAACGUCACCAAGGAAAUCCUAGAGGUCACCAAGAAUGAAAUCCUGCAGAGCGUUUUCUUCGUCUCUCCAGCCAGCAACGUGUGCUUCUUCGCCAAGUGCCCCUACAUGUGCAAGACGGAGUACGCCGUCUGCGGCAGCCCGCACCUGCUGGAAGGCUCCCUGUCCGCCUUCCUGCCGUCCCUCAACCUGGCCCCCCGGCUGUCUGUGCCCAACCCCUGGAUCCGCUCCUACACGCUGGCAGGGAAGGAGGAGUGGGAGGUCAAUCCCCUGUACUGCGACACGGUGAAGCAGGUGCCCCCCUACAGCAGCAGCAACCGGCUGCUCAACAUCAUCGACAUGGCCAUCUUCGACUUCCUCAUAGGAAACAUGGACCGUCACCACUAUGAGAUGUUCACCAAAUUUGGGGAUGAUGGGUUCCUUAUUCAUCUUGAUAACGCCAGAGGGUUUGGUCGACACUCCCACGAUGAACUCUCCAUCCUGUCGCCGCUCUCCCAGUGCUGCAGGAUCAAAAGGAAAACACUUCUGCACCUGCAGCUGCUGGCCCAGGCCGACUACAGGCUGAGCGAGGUGAUGCGGGAGUCCCUGCUGGAGGACCAGCUGGCCCCCGUCCUCACGGAGCCCCACCUCCUGGCCCUGGACCGGCGGCUCCAGCUCAUCCUAAAGACGGUGAAGGGGUGCAUCGAGGCCCACGGGGAGCAGAGCGUGGUCGCCAGUGACCCAGCAGAACAGCCAGCCGCAGACUCGGGCCAGGCUCAUGUGCCAAGCUAAAGGGCUGCAAGAGUCCAUGUCAAAUGCUAGUGAUGGCCUCAGCUGCUGCUCACGUGCCCUACCCACACUGCAGGCCCUGGACUCAGGAAGCCACAGGGCACUGGGAUUGUUCUUAAAGAGCGAAAGGGGGACCCACUGAACUCUCCUCCUUGGUGCCUUCUGCUGUAGGAGCCCGGGACGCUGUGGUUCCUCUUUCCCGGGACGCACGGGCUUCAUCAGGGCCCCGGACCAUCUCCCACGUCUCCUGCAAAUUCUGGACACGGGUCAGGCUUGGAGCCUUAUUCCUAGGAGAGUUAUUAACUGUAACAAAUAAAAGGACAUCAAAUGGAGACCUAACUCAACUUUCAGAUCCUUAUUUUUACAGUUAUAACCCCUGAUCCAGAUAAAAUGCCUAGCAGAUUGCAAGCAGACAAAAAAAUCUAAAAAAUGCUAACUCUCAAAUUUGCUUAAAGCAGACUUGAGACUUUCUUAUAUUCUAAUCACUGGCCCAAUCUGUGUAUGAUAAUCUCUAGU